CUUGACACACUUACCCACACCAUACAACAUACACACACACACAGUGUCGCGGCCUCUCCCCGAGCUUGUUCCGAGAUUACGCCGCUUUCAUCGGUUAGACAAACUAACGAAUCGCCGGUGAAAGACUGACUCUGCCCCCGCCCUGCGCUGUGUGUAACGCUGGUUAGCUCCGGUACAAGCUGGGAAUGUGUUUUAUUUAACAAUUACAUGACGACUUGUUCUCUGUACGGUUGCGGGGGGGACGCUUGUUAGCAGGGCUGAGAUUUUAGGCAUUUUAAAGUUACACCGUGGGUGCAUACAGGCCACAACACCUCUAAGCUAACUGAUUAACUUGAUAAGGGACAGACAACAUCUUGGGCGUCUGUGUUUGUGUCGGUGAAGCCGCGGAGAUCUCCAGCAGCAGCCAUGGCAGGGACACGGACAGCUGCUGUGCUGGUCCUGGUGUGUUUACACUUCCAUCGCUCCGGCUCUUUCAACCUGGAUGUGGAUAAUUCCAUCGUAUACUCCGGACCUGAGGGGAGCUACUUCGGCUUUUCGGUGGACUUCUUUAAGGCUUUAAACAACCUAAAGUCAGACGUUCUGAUUGGAGCUCCUCGAGCUAACAUGUCUUCGGACAGCAUUGUGGAGAGAGGAGUAGUGUACAGCUGCCCCUGGAGCGGUUCCAGCGCCUGUCAGCAGCUGCUGUUUGACAACAAAGAUGACAGGAUGAAUAAUGGGGCUAAGAUGGAGUUUAAAUCCAAACAAUGGUUCGGUGCGUCAGUGCGAUCUGAUGGAGAACACAUUCUGGCGUGUGCUCCCCUUUACCAGUGGUCGACCUUUGGCGUCUCUGAGCGUGAGCCUGUGGGAACUUGUUACCUGAAGAAAGGAAACCAGGUGGUUGAAUACUCGCCCUGCAGAACAGAUAAAAACUCACCAGAAGGGCAGGGCUUCUGCCAGGCUGGCUUCAGUGUCGAUUUCCUUAAGAACGACAACAGGGUGGUGGUGGGAGGACCUGGCAGCUUCUACUGGCAGGGCCAGCUGAUCUCUGAUGACGUCUCAGAGAUUUUUAACCGCUUGAAUAAUGACUACAUCACCCGUUAUGGAAACACGCUCUCCACCAAGUCAGCCAAUGCCCAGUAUGACGACAGUUAUCUUGGAUACUCUGUAACAGUUGCAGACUUCAAUGGCGAUGGAAAGGACGAUUUUGUGACUGGAGUACCGAGGGGGGAGAAGGCGCUGGGUUACGUGAACAUCUUUAACGGCGCAGUCAUGGAGUCCAUGAUCAACUUCACAGGGUCACAGAUGGCUGCGUACUUUGGACAUUCAGUUGCAGCUUUUGAUGUCAACAAUGACGGUAAUAUGGAUGUGUUCAUUGGAGCUCCCCUCAUGGACAGAGCCUCAUGAAGGAGGUGGGACACAGCACACACUGUGUCUGUCUAUCUUGGUCGGGGUGGAUUUUCCUUCCAACCACCUCAGUUGCUCACUGGUACACACAUUUACGCCAGAUACGGCUCUGCCAUUGCAGCGCUAGGAGACCUGAACAUGGAUGGCUACAACGAUGUGGCCAUCUCUGCUCCUUACGGAGGCCCCAACCAUAAUGGUUUGGUUUACAUCCAUAAUGGCAGCCCUCAGGGGCUCAAAGCAACACCAUCCCAGCGCCUGGAGGGCAAAUGGGCAUCCAGUUACAUGCCCCCUAGCUUUGGGUACUCCAUGUCUGGAAAUACUGACAUAGACCAGAAUGGAUAUCCAGAUUUAAUAGUUGGAGUGUUUGGAGCAGACAAAGCCGUUUUAUACAGAGCCCGUCCAGUGAUCAGUGUAAAUGCCACGUUGGACAUCACACCCCUGAUCAUCAACCCUGAGGAAAAGAACUGCACACUGUCUGGUACCAACACGCCUGUAUCAUGUUUUAAGGUGAAGUACUGUCUGAAGGUCAGCGGCCAUAGGGCUCCAGACCUGCUCACUUUCCGAGUGGACCUCAUGUUGGACCGCUUGAAGCAGAAGGAGGCGACUAAGCGUGUCCUCUUCCUGUACAGUCGCACCUUUCAGUACUCCAAAGACAUGACCGUGUCCAACGGCAAAGGGCCGGCCUGCGAGGAGCAGAUGGUCUACCUGAGGGAUGAUCGAGAGUUCCGGGAUAAGAUCACUCCCAUCUCAGUGUCGAUGGAGUACAGUAUGAACUACCAGCAGGCUGCAGACAAAACGGGAUUGCAGCCUAUUGUUGACAUGUCAUCUCCAUCUGAAAUCAACAAGCAGGUUCAUAUCCUGUUGGACUGUGGGCCUGACAACAUCUGCAAACCUGACCUCAAGCUGUCGGUUAAAAGUGACCGUGACCAGAUUUACAUUGGCGAUGAUAACGCUCUGACCCUCGAGAUCACAGCUGAGAAUCAAGGCGAGGGAGCCUACGAGGCCGAACUCCACAUCUACCCUCCGCAGCAGGCUGACUUCAGCGGCGUCGAUCGCAGUCAGACCCUGUCUAGGCUGUCCUGUGCCUACAAGAAAGAGAACCAGACUAAAAUGGUGGUGUGUGACCUAGGAAACCCCAUGAAGGGAGGGACUAAGGUGGUGGCUGAGUUGGGGUUCAGCGUGCACCAGCUAUCAGAGGAUGACACAUCUGUCCGCUUUGACCUGCAGAUAGUCAGCUCUAACCAGUUUGACAACACCAGUCCCAAAGUCACCAGCGUCAUCAAACUGGCUGUACUCGCUAAAGUCUCCAUCAGAGGGUCUUCAUCUCCUGGUCAGGUGUUUAUUCCUAUCGCCAACUGGAAACCGAGAGACCCUCCUGUGGUCGGUGACGACAUCGGACCACAAAUAGUACACGUCUACGAGCUUCUGAACAACGGUCCCAGUACGUUCAGCAAGGCAGCGCUGGAGGUCAAGUGGCCGUACCAGUUUAGAAACGGCUCUCUGCUCUACAUCAUCAGCUACGACACAGAGGGACCCAUCAACUGCACCACUGAAAUACAGAUAAACCCACUCAAUGUCUCUAACCCACUGAGCUCCUCAAAGAACACCAGCACUGUUACGCCUGGAGGACGAGAGUCGGAGGGACGGAAUCAAAAAAGCGUCCGCCAGAGGAGAGAUCUGGAGUCCAGAAAUGCAGAGAACGACCUGCAGACACUGGACUGCCACACAGCUAAGUGUCUGACACUGAAAUGUCAGGUUGGUCGUCUAGAAAGGAGGAAGAACGCCAUCCUCUUCAUCUACUCCAGACUGGAUGUCAACAACUUCCUCAGGCCUGAGAAUCAGAAUCGUUCCUACGUGAUACAAUCAACGGCUAGCUUCAGUGUGAUCGAGAUGCCGUACAAGAACCUGGAGAUGGAGCUACCAUCCAAUAGCACCACAGUGAGUGUAUCAGUGGUUUGGGUGGCUGAGCCUCCUCCACCAGUGCCAGGCUGGGUGGUGGCUCUGGCUGUACUGGCAGGACUGCUGCUGCUGGCGCUGCUUAUUUUCAUCAUGUACAAGUUGGGUUUCUUUAAGAGAGUCCGCCCCCCACAGGAGGACUGCACUGAAAAGGAGCAGCUGCAGCCGGAGGAGAACGGAAACACUGAUGCCUAGAUGUCAAACUGUGAGGGACUGAUGGCAAAUCAGUAGGGGGGAAAAAGAAAUCAGGGUAAAAAGGCCUCUGAGAGCAUUUCACUGUAUUGACUGUUGGAUGGCAGAUAAUGAUAUUGAUUUAAGAUUUAAUGUGGUGAUUUUUAUUUUUAUUUUGUUUUUUAAAAACUUGUCAAGUUGUAUUUGUGCCAAAAGAGAAUCUGGAAAACGUCGAUCAAACAAAAUCCACAAAAUUUAGUGUUAAAGGAGCAGUUUGAUGAUUCCUAAGAAGCUGCAUCACAGUGUGUGUGUGUGAUGUCUGAAUGACGCUGAUGUUGCGAACUGCAGAUGUUUUGUGAGUUCACACAUACAUUUGUUUAAUUUGUGAGAGUCACAUGAUCAGAUUGCCUGCUUUAAAAAUAUCAGCUUGAUUAGCUUACCUUAGCAUGGGACUGGAAACAAAGAAAAUCCACCUCAUCUUUUCGCAUUAAUGAUAUUAAAAAUCACAACACUAAGUAUUUAUAUAAACAUUUAAUAAAUGUUUUUUGUUCCCUAAAAUCAUUAUUGAUAAAAUAUGUUAAAAUGCAUUUACAAACUAGCUGUGAGAGUUAGCAAGUCGAUCUGUUGUAUUGUAUUCAACAUUUGAAAAAUGCAGAAAUUCAUAUUUACAAUUCAAGCUUUUAAAAUUAAACAAGCUACAACAUAUUAGUGAACAUUAAUGCUGUCAGGCAGAUCUUGUUAUCUCUUCACAGAACCAGGCUAGCUGUUUCCUAGCCAAGCUAAUCCACUGCAGUUUCAUAAUUAAUAUUCAAACACAAACCUGGUGUCAUUCUGAACAUCUAACAUGUCCAAAACCGUUGAGCUAUUCCUUUAACAUAUUGAGAAACUAAUGGUUUUGUUCCAGCAUGAAGUUAAAAUCAAAAUUACAGUUUUCCAGAAGUUAUGAGAAGCAUAAACCAUCUUAAUUUGCACAUUUUCCAUCCAAACACAAAUCCAGCACUAAGAUAAACGGCCUUGUUGUUAUGUUACAGUCAAGUCAUUGUUUUAGAGUUUCUACAGAGCAGUUAAUUAUUAAUACAACCAGUGAUAUUAAAGGAAAUAAAGGUGUGUAUAAAGGCUGAUAACUAAAAAUGUAAAAAGCAGUGCUGUCAGUGCUAAUCUCGUUAAAAUGAUGCUAAGGCCAUAACCGCAUUAAGGUGGCAAAUCUGCUUUAGUGAGUUAGCGCGGAACGCCCCAUGCGUGGGGCUGCACAGCGUCAACGCGUUUGCGUGGUUAGCUUGUUAACGCCGUCCAGCCCCACGCACGGAGCGUUAACGUCAUCUUAAGGAGAUUAACACUGACAGCACUAGUAAAAAGUAAAGAAGAAAUGAGAGAAACACCGUUUAGCCUCACCGUUAUGAGUGUUGAUGUUGCAUAGAUUGUCCACCAGAGGGCACUCUGCAACUUUUCGGUUGAAAAUGUGGAACACCACAAACACGAUAGCCAGCUGAUCCAAGCAGAACGUAAACAAAUAAAACACAUAUGUCACAUUGUUGUGCCAUAUUAUCUUAGUAUGGACUCAAAUUAUUACUACGCAAAACAAAUGUUUGUUUCAUAUGUGAGAAUAUCGGCCGAUAUAUUGAAUUUUUUUUUUUCUUUUUGUUCUAGUGAUGUGAUUAGUUGUGAUCAACCAGCAAUGUAAAAACAAACAAUAACAAAGCAAUACGGUAACUGAAGCAGCUAGUUAGCUGCAUUCAGGUCUUUUUAGAUUUUGGGGUAAAACUGGUUUAUCUGCUGUAGCAUGGGAUGAUGGGAAGGUCACAAUAAUAUAUUUGCCCUUAUGUACGCUUGUUUUUUCUCUUCCUGCUUUGUGUGUGGGGUAGCUGAUCUGAUUUUCUCUUGUAUGAGUUUGCUUUGGGAUGUUGGUGGUUGUUUCCUUUGUAUUUUGUACACAACAUUGAUUAGAGUUUUAGAAGUUUGUCCAGCUUUUUUCAACACAAUCAAGAAAUUGUUUGGCCAAAUGUAAUUUUGUUUGUGCAGAAAAUGGUUGAAAAUCAUUUUAAGUUCUGUCUGAUUGGUCAUUCCACAGAAGCCUCGUACCUCGCAUCAUUAUGUUGAACCUGAUGUUAUGUUGUGUCUCUGCAAGCAAAGAGCUGUAACUGGCUGAGAAAAUGUUUCAGGCUGUACGGAAACUGGUUUAUAUUUGCUGUACAUUUCUAGCUUUGUAAAUAGUUUCCAGUAAUAGAGUAAAUGCAUUCUAGAUCCUAACAAGUAUCGAUAAAUGAACAAUUUCAGUCAUUUUUCAAGUGAAUAGAUAAACGUUUUUAAAAAUUUCGUAGGAUUUUUUAUUUUUAACCUGACCAAUGGAUGAAAGUAUUAAAGUAUUUAAGACAUUACACAUUUUAAUGUUUAAGAUUUGUCAACAUGUGGAAACAGCAAUAGUAACUAUGGGGGUGGAGCUUAACAGACUAUUAGUAAUAUUACAUUAAAACAAGUGAGAACCUGGCAAAGUAUGGGCUGUUAUAAUGUUAGUGAGUUGCGACUUGAGUGUUGACCAGUGUGUGUUGACAUGAUCACUUGGAUUGGAUUGUGUAUUUGCAAGCAUGUGAUUGGUUAAUGCUUCAUUACGUCAUUGUUGUCACUAGUUGAGGCCAGUUCAGCUCACACAGCAGCAAGCAUCGAGUUUCACUUUGUAGUUUUUAAUCACAAACUUCUUUUUAAAAAGACUUUUAGUCCUUUUCACUGAAUUGGUUGUGACAGUUUUUCCUGCACUGAGGCCUUUUGGAUUUCUACUUAUUUACAUUCAGAUUUCAGACUGGCAGCUUUGCUGGGAACAAGUUAAAACAAACGCAGGUUUCUAUUUUGUGUUUUGAGUAUACGUUUGCUCUAAUACUUAAGAAAAAAAAUACUUUGCUAUUUACCCAUAUUGGGUUCGCAUUAUAAAUUAAUGUUUAUGGCUGAUUAUAGGUUUACAAAUAUAAUAAUGCAGGUAACUUUCAUCAUAAAAUAAGACUUUAAAAGCACGUUAUACAUCAUUGUUUUCUUUCAGUGGCAUCUUAACCAAUACUUUGAACCAACUUGUCCUACUUGAGCAAAGAGUCGUGUGUUUGUGUGGGAGUCAAAACUGAGCGGCUUCAGUGGACUGUUCAUUUUUUCCCAUAAAAGUAAAUUAGACCAAAACAGCAUGUUUCUCUUUGCCAGGAGUCAGUUGGACAGAAAUCUGUUCAUUUCAGUAUCAGUCAUUUAGAAUUACUCAGAAAAGCUGCACAUCACUAAAACAUUUACUUCUGUCCUAAAAUCUUUGAUAUGACCUUAUUGUCAGCACUCAGUCCUGACCGAUGAUGUAAAAGCCUUUGGUGAGUAGAAGAGUUUGUGUUAAAUAUUGAGGAAUAAUAAAAAACAAAGCCUCCUGGCAGAUCCGAGUGAUUUGCAGCCAGUCAUUUGUAUUUUCUAUUGCUCCGUGUUUCUUUCUGCCCUGAGAAAAUAUUGACUAUUUUUGAUGUACGUAUUCUUUCACAUAGAGAAUAAAAAAGUGAUUUCAUAAAGAGAUGAUUUUACCUUUAAACUAAAAUAAACUGAUUUGUUCACAUCUGUUCAGUA